AUGGACAGGCAUGCCUGCUUGGAGCGUCUCAAUGCGUGCCAUACGCUCCCACAGUCCCAAGAGAUGGCCACUACCGUACGGAUCCACUUCCCUCACGACCUCUUCAUGCAGAACAAGCUCAUCGAGAUGUACGGUCGGUGUGGCGCCGUGGAUGCCGCCCGGCGAAUAUUCGAUGCCAUCGACGCCAAGAAUGCCUUCUCAUGGAAUCUCAUGCUCACGGCAUAUUCCAGGAACGGGCGCUUGGAAGAUGCCAGGGAUGUGUUUGAGACGAUGCCCGCGAGGGACAUGGUGACCUGGACGGCCAUGCUGACUGGAUAUGCCCAACACGGGUAUAUUCUUCAGGCCGAGGCUUUGCUCCAUGAGAUGCCCCAAGCUAAUCUUCCUUGCUGGACGGCGGUGUUGGUCGCAUAUUCCGAGAAUAAAAAGCUUGAUCUUGCACAGAUGCUGUUUGAUGAGAUUCCUCAAAGGGAUUUGGUGUGCUGGACGGCCAUGGUAGCAGCAUAUGCCAGGAACGGGUAUGUUAUCCAGGCCAAGCAUCUUUUUGACGAGAUGCCCGAAAGGAAUGUUUUUACGUGGACUUUGAUGCUAUCUGUCUACUCGGAGAACGAUUUUGUUGAUGAAACCAAGUCGAUGUUUGAUGAAAUGCCCGAGAGAAACCUCGUCUCAUACAAUGCCAUGAUUUCUGUGUAUGCCUCGUCUGGGCAUUUGCAGCAAGCGAAAGAGAUGUUCGAUUAUCUACCGGAACGUAACUUAGUUUCGUGGACAAGCAUGAUCACUGCCUAUUCUGUUUACAGUGAUGUAAAUCAAUCGAAAGAAACAUUUGACGCCAUGCCGGAGCAAAACCUCGUGUCGUGGAACGCAUUGCUCUCAACUUAUGCCCAGAAUCCUGGUUAUUUUGAAUCUGCGAAGCUGAUAUUUGAAAACAUGCCUCAGAGAAACCAGAUCUCGUGGAAUGCAAUGUUGUUGGCAUGCGCCGACAACGGGUUUCUCAAAGAUGGCGAGAGAAUAUUCUCUCAAAUGCCGGAGCGGACGCUGGUGACCUGGACUACAAUGGUCCUGGCAUAUGCCCGAAACGGGCAUAUCCAGUCGGCAAAGACAAUGUUUGGCGCGAUGAGUCAGCAUAGCCUAGUAACGUGGACAGCAAUGCUGGCAGCUUACGCGGACAAUGGCCUGCUAGAGGACGCCCGGCAAACGUUUCUGAAAAUGCCGGAAAAGAACCUGGUGACAUGGACGUCUAUGCUCACUGUAUAUGCCCACAACGGGUAUCUAGAAGAAGCGACUCAAGUCUUUGAUCAUAUGCCCGAGCGAGAUCUUGUUUCCUGGAAUGCGAUUCUCACAGUGAACGCAAUGCACAAUCACUUUGAGCAAUCACAGUGUAUUUUUUAUUCGAUGCCCGCGCAAGACACUGGAACCUGGAACAUUAUGCUCGCACUGUACACACGGAACGGGCAUAUCUGGAAAGCGAAGGAACUCUUUGAUCAAAUCCCGGACAAGAGCCUCGUCUCAUGGACACCAAUGCUAGCUGCGUAUUCGCGAAACGGGCACACCCAGAAAGCCUUGAUCAUGGCGGAAACGAUGAAACUGCUGGACAUGGCGGACGAGGUUUGCUUCCUGGAGCUUCUCAUCGCUUGCAGCCAUGGAGGCAAGCUCUACGUUGGCUGGAGGAGCUUCGUGUCGAUGCAAAUGGACUACCACCUUAAGCCCACCAAGCAGCACUACUGUUGCAUGGUCGAUCUUCUUGGGCGGGCCGGGUAUCUCGACGAAGCUCUGGAACUUAUCAAGACCAUGGCGUUUGUUCCCGAUGUGUUGGAGUGGACGUGCUUCCUCGCAGCGUGCAGGAGCCACAGCAAGUCCGAGUAUGGCGCUAGAGCUGUCAAGAACCUCUUGAACUCUCCCACCUUGUUGGAUGGAACUUUGUAUCGUUUGCUGGCCAAUACUUUGGCGAUCCGGAAUCGCCUUGAGACGAUGGCUCGUUGA